CCAGGCGGAGCCAAUCGCGCGGCGUCUGAGGCCAGCCGCGCGGUUUGUGGCGGCGCUGAAGAGAGAGGCUGCCGCCAUGAUAGAGCAGCAGAAGCGUAAGGGCCCCGAACUGCCACUGGUUCCCGUAAAGCGGCCGCGCCAUGAGUUGCUGUUGGGAGCGGCGGGGUCGGGCCCCGGAGCUGGGCAGCAGCAGGCGACGCCGGGAGCUUUGCUGCAGGCGGGACCUCCAAGAUGUUCUUCCCUUCAAGCCCCAAUCAUGUUGCUCUCAGGACAUGAAGGAGAAGUGUACUGCUGCAAGUUUCACCCCAGUGGAUCCACCUUAGCAUCUGCAGGAUUUGACCGACUGAUACUGUUGUGGAAUGUCUAUGGCGACUGUGAUAAUUAUGCUACAUUGAAGGGACACAGUGGAGCAGUGAUGGAACUGCAUUAUAAUACAGAUGGCAGUAUGCUCUUCUCAGCAUCCACAGAUAAAACUGUGGCAGUGUGGGACAGUGAAACAGGUGAGAGGGUUAAAAGGCUGAAGGGGCAUACUUCCUUCGUGAAUUCCUGUUACCCAGCCAGGAGGGGCCCCCAGCUUGUCUGCACUGGCAGUGACGAUGGUACUGUUAAGCUUUGGGACAUCCGGAAGAAAGCAGCCAUCCAGACAUUUCAGAACACAUACCAGGUGUUAGCUGUGACCUUCAAUGACACAAGUGAUCAGAUUAUCUCUGGUGGAAUAGACAAUGAUAUCAAGGUUUGGGACCUGCGCCAAAACAAGUUAACCUACACCAUGAGAGGCCAUGCAGAUUCAGUGACCGGCUUGAGUUUAAGUUCUGAAGGAUCUUAUCUCUUGUCUAAUGCGAUGGACAAUACAGUUCGUGUUUGGGAUGUCCGGCCAUUUGCUCCCAAAGAGAGAUGUGUGAAGAUAUUUCAAGGAAAUGUUCACAACUUUGAAAAGAAUCUCUUGAGAUGUUCUUGGUCACCAGAUGGAAGCAAAAUAGCAGCUGGCUCAGCCGACAGGUUUGUGUAUGUGUGGGACACCACGAGCAGGAGGAUCCUGUAUAAACUCCCUGGCCAUGCUGGCUCCAUCAACGAAGUAGCUUUCCACCCCGACGAGCCCAUCAUCCUCUCAGCGUCCAGUGACAAGAGGCUGUAUAUGGGGGAGAUUCAGUGAGGAUAUGGCAUGGAAGACUGCAAGGCCUCAGACCUUGACUCAGACUGAGUAACUGCUGACAUCAAGUGUGCCCAGGCAGGUUGACCUCCCUUCCAAGGACCAUCAUCAGCAAGCAGUUGGAGGUAGUGACCAUAUUACAACAGCCACUUGGAUCCCAUUCACCAGGAUGACUGAGGCAGGCUCUCACAGGCCUCCAAUACCAUCUGCCAGAUUUCAAGGAUUGAUUUCUCCUUUAAGAAAAACAAUAAGGUAUCUUCAGAGCCACAAAUGUUGGGUUAGUUUGAGGCCUCCUGGUUUUUAAUCUAGGCCGAAGGCAUGAAAUAGCAACUGAAAUUUGCUUGUUGGGUUUGUUUUUUAAUUUCUAAUUCGGUAACAGACUUGUAUGAUAUUUUCUUUCUGUGUUUCUCUGAGUCAUUUUUUUAUUAAAAGCCAAAUAGAUGCCUUUUUAAAAGAG